AUGAGGAGGGAAGAUUAUAUGAUUUCUGAGUUGAUAGAUGUAACAAAUCUGUAGGAAUGUCUUUUGCUUUCUGCUUUUACGAUAGUAGGACUAUGGCUUAUUUGGCUAAUUUGGAAUGAUUAUCAAUCCACCAGAAGAAUUUAUAUUAGGAGGGAAUAAGAAAAAAGAGAUAUGUUGACAAUCAAGAGACUUCUGCUAAUAAAUAUAUGUGCGCAAACAAUUUCUUAUUUUAUUGAAUGUGUAGGUUAUGCUAUCAUUAAAGAUUGCCAAAAUAACAACUACUAUAUUAUUUCUAUAAUUUAUUUUAUCUGCAAUGUGACAUUUAUGACAUCAUUAUAGAUUUGUUGUUGGAAAUCAACAUUAAUAUGGUAAUGACAUCACUAAACCUUAGGGGUGAACUAAUAUUACUAAAAUUAAGCAUCUAGAGUUCUAUUUUUGAUUGUGUAAAGAAAUAUUACAUAAUUGAAAUAUUAAUUGUAAUUAUGAAUCUAUGCAUCGGUCUAUUUUAUUUCUUUUAAGUAAAAAGGUAACUUGUAUUUAAUCUUUAGUGUAAUGAAUCUCAUAGUGUCCAUUAUUUCAACACUCAUGCUGGUAUUAUUUCUGAUAGUUUCAAUUUUCUUUUAGAAAUACAUCAUUUUAAUUCAAAAUGAAAUUCCUAAUUUAACUAAACGCAGAGUAAUUUAUUACAAUACUUUAGAUCUUUAUUAGCAUAAUCUUAUUGUCAAGUGCCUUAGGUUUGAGAAUCUGUUGGAACCUCUUCCUCAUGAUUCAAUAAGACAACUUAAUAAUAGUGUUGAAAUAUGGGUCCACAGGUUCGUAUCCAUGUUCUAAAGAAGGUUCAUUAAGUUGGUUUUUCUAUGAAUUACUAUAUUUUCCAAUCGCAAAUCUGAUUCCAGUGUUUUUAUUUAAUCGAAUUUACUCUCAGCAUAGAAUAACUCCAUAAAAUCAAAUAAAUAGAUUAAUUAAUGAAGAAUGA